AAGCAAGUCGGAAGGACCCCAGACUUGGACAGCGGAGUCUAAUAGCGCGCUUACGUCGAAUGCCGUCAAAUCAACUUAUCUACGUUCAUUCAUCAUUCCUUUGUAUGGGUCGUAAGAAGAAAGUCGAGCAGGAGGUAUACCACGUCGAGGUCAUAACCAAAGCCCGCGUCAGUGAAGAAGGAGACUGGGAAUAUUAUGUCAAAUGGGCAGGCUAUGACUCCGAUGCAGACACUUGGGAGCCAUCACAGAACGUGAGCAAAUGCCAGCGGCUCUUAUCCAGCUUUUGGGAUCAUGUCGGUACUGAUGACGAUGAUUACUCUGUCGGAUACGAGAUUGUGGCGAAGGACUAUUGGAUCAAGAAAGAGAAGGAGUUCUUCGCCAUGCAGUUCUCAGAAGACGCCAAACGUAUAAGUGAAAAGGACACAAAGAAACCACCUAUCAAGCAGACAGCGAAGGCUCCAGAGCCAAAACAGGUCGAGAGCGAUACUGAUGGGUCGGAAGAGUCCGAUGUCCCUCUCAAGCAGAGGUCUUCGGUCCCGAAGACGUUGCCUGGGCGAGGGGAAAAGCGUAACAAUACACUCAUUAGUUCAGAUUCAGACUCUGAUUCAUCGGAGGAUCGCCCAUCGAAACAGCGGCGGAAACACACUCACUCGAAGUCCCGGAGCACUACAGCGGACAAGGAACGCUCUUCAGCAGCCCCGGCCUCUAAUCCAUCUGCCGAACAAUCAUCUCGUCUUCUUCCACCACCACCAAGGCUAUCGACGUCUUCUGCCAUACCAUUGUCGAAUGUACCUCGCCCACCCAAAAUACAGCCCGUCCGAACUCACCAAGAUCAAAAGGCCAACCCUCUUGUCAAGUCUUUGGAACUUCCCUCGAAUGCGGUUCAAUCUGGGAGUACCCUGUCAACAAAGCAACGUAUAGCAGCGGGAUCGGGUCCUUCUGUAGCACCCAAGCCAAAGCCAUUGCAUACAAUUCCUAAACUUCUAACCGGUUUGUCAUUCAAGAAGAAACCCCCUGAAGCAAAAGAUCCUUCAUCCGCAAUUGGUUCGUCCUUCAAGAAACCUUUCGAGAAUGAGCCUUUAUCAGCGGGUGGUAUGCAACCAUCUGGUCCAUCCGCUAAAGAGCCUUCGUCCACAACUAGUUCCUUCAAGAAGAAGCCUUCCGAGAAUGAGCCUUUUUCGGCGAGUGAUGUGGAACCGUCUGGCCCAUCCACAGCGGGUGUCGAGGCCGGUCCUUCCACUACAACACCCGUUUGGACUGGCUCGUCUUUAGCCACAAAGCAGACAGUAGAGGAGCCCUCUGCCGACUGGGAUUAUAAUACAGAGGUGUUCUCGGCUGCAGAUGAUAACCCUCCCCCUCCUUCACCUGCACCCCUUAUUCAGCAUCAACUCGCGAAGCCAGCUCCCCCUAAGCCAGCCUUCGAACAGGCCGCAGACGAGUUUCUUCAAAGUCUUAGUCUUAAUGUGCCAGGUCUUAAUAGCCCUUUGGAGCCUUCAGUCAGUGAUGGCACCCAGGAAGUUGAUUCCUUCCGACCAAAGGCUUUGACAUCGAUGAAAACUUCCGUGAUGCCAAAGAUUCCCAAAAAGUGGAAAUGGGAAGGUGAUCUAUUUGUUGACUUUGCUAAGAACCAAGCGGAGAAAGUUUGUGAAGUGACGAUCAAGGACUCGACUGAUUCACGCGAUAACGGUGCUCGCAUGAGUUUCAUGAUGGCGCAAACCGAUUCCAUUCGCAUCCGAAAACUCUACAAUGUUACGGAUCUCACACCGGUUUUUCGCGCCUGUGGAGAAGCUCAGCAAUUUGCCAAACUUGAAGCUUUGGAAAAUCAAGAUAGUCAAGCACUGCACGGACUGUUUCGUCAUAUGUCAGUUCAGCGACAGGUUGCUGUUCUCCCGUUGUCGUUGGAUGGCGCAGAACUUGCUCUGCUCUUUAUUUUCAGCCCGUCACUGGAUGCCCUUUGUAGGUUCUUGCGCGUACCAGAGCAUCUACGACAGGAUUCCCAGAACACCCAUGUUUUGGUGGCCUUGUUGCCAUGGCUUGUCUCGUCUGCCAAAUACAGCAAAGGAACGACGCGUAACCGGGUCGAUGAAACCAUACAGCAGCUAUCGACUCCGAGUGGUCAAUCGAAAGACAGCCGUCGUCGCAUACUGAGAGAGGCUGCCAUGGCUAUUGAUCUGCUUUCAAUUCCACGCGAGCUCUUGGACUUCAUGCAGUUUUCGAAUAGGAAAUAUUGUAUCUGGUCCUUCCCGGCCGACGGAGCAGCUUUGAAUCCUGGCUUUGAGACCCGACAACUGAAAUACGUACUGGACAAGACCAAAGCUGCGUCAGUUAGCCUUGAUGGAGAAGCUCGGGUAAUAUUCAUACAUAUCGGGGCCCUCAAGACUUUUUACGAGCUUUCUGCCGUGGUCACUAAGCGGCGCGACGCGCCUGAAGUUCGCUUUUUCACCUACGGUACACAUGAGUCUGUUCCGUCCAGCAGGUGGGGUAUGCGCGAGAUUUUCCCUUUGGGUGGUAUUGUCACCUUCACGCCUUUGGCUAUCACCGAAGAUCCUGUUGGAUGUUAUAAUUUGAUGCGUAACCUCGCGCAGCAUCCUCUCUGGGAAUGUUACCUGAUACCUUCGAUCGUGGGUUUGAGCCAUGCCCUGGCGUGCGGCAAGGAUAAGCCAGUUCCAGAAAUCAUGAGCAUGGACUCAUGCCUUCUUCCCAUUCUGGACCUGGGAGACGCAGGCAGCGUCUCUGUCAUGAAAGCGCCUACCAAAUAUAAUGAUGACGCCUGGAUCGUCGACACCUUUGAGAAACAACUGUUGGGAGUGGAAGAUAUGCUGCGAGAGUGCAUUAAAAACUCAAUGGAGCGCUUCGCUCAGUGCAGUGAAUCUGACAUCCUAGUUGAGGCGGACCGGGAGAUUUCUCAGGAUCUCAUCAAUAUGGAACUGCAGCCUACGUUCAUGGACAAUUACCGCCGAUUUGUGGUUAUCAGAGCUGCAUCCGAGGAGACUCGUGGCCCCCCUGAAGGCGGAUUGGGGCUCGAGUGGUCUUCGAUAUCAAACUUCGCAUUCAGGGAUGAUUACUUUCUUGGAUCAUAAAUUUUAGUCAUGUCAUUAUGUACCAUAGUAUAGCCAGGUAGUCAGUUUCCUUCAAGUCCAAUUCUGAAAUACCACAUGCAAACGAACGGUAAAAUUGGGUAGAAU